GGCUGACUGUGAUCAGGUAAGGACAGCAGGUAGACACACUACGAUUUACACAGUGGUCUAAAACUAAGCUGAUGUUGAUUUCACAUUGAGUAAUUUCAUUUGAAUAUGUAAACUGACCACAGUUUCAGUUUGUUGAUGCUCUAAUUUGAUGUUAUGCCAAAGAUUUUUUAUAUUUUUUCAUAAAAACUGUUAAACUCACAUCAUCCGGUGGGCACUGUCAAUAAGCUUUAUCAACUGACAUGGUAAUCAUGACAAACUCUACACAGUUCUCACAUUUCAGACUUGCAUUCUUGAAUAUUGGGAUUUUCAAGUAUUUAUUUUUUAUGCUUGUCAUCUGUUUCUAUAUUUCAGUAGUUUGCACCAAUGUCCUGCUGAUUGUGGUUAUCUGUGUGAACAGAAGCUUACAUGAACCUAUGUACAUGUUUCUGUGCAGCCUGUUUGUGAAUGCACUGUAUGGUAGUACAGGGCUGUUUCCGUCCCUCCUGCUUCACAUCAUCUGUGAUAUUAAUAUCAUUUCUGCGUCUUUAUGUUACUUGCAGAUUUAUUGUAUUCACUGCUAUGGGAGUGCUGAAUAUCUAAAUCUGGCUGUUAUGUCUUAUGACAGAUAUCUCGCUAUCUGUUUUCCAUUGCAAUACAACACAUACAUGACACCCAAGAGGAUUGCUAUACUAAUUGCUAUAACAUGGUUAUAUGCUAUUCUUGCAUGUGCUCUCAUGAUUUCUUUGAGUUCCACUUUACCGCUAUGUGGGAACAUUAUUAACAAAGUGUACUGUGACAACUACUCUGUCAUAAAGCUGGCCUGUUCUGACACUAAAGCACUUAAUAUAUAUGGAAUUAUUAUUGUUUUAUGCACAGUAUGUUGUCCUCUGGUGUUCAUGCUUUACACUUACAUAAAAAUCCUUAGAGUUUGUUCUUCUGGUUCCAAACAGGUGAGGCAGAAAGCUAUCAGUACCUGCAGUCCUCAUCUUGCCUGUGUGUUAAACUUUUCAUGUGGAGCUUGCUUUGAAAUAUUACAGAGUAGGUUCAAUAUGAGCGGUGUACCUAUUUUGUUACGUAUAUUUCUGUCAUUAUAUUGGCUAAUAAGCCAGCCACUAAUAAAUCCUUUAGUUUAUGGCCUGAACAUGACUAAGAUCCGCAUUUUAUGUAAAAAUCUGCUGACACUUAGACCUUUAAAUUGA